AUGGUGAUCAUUAAUUUUGCUGGACUGCCAGGACCACCACCCUUUCCCUGUUCAUCAGGUUCCACCAGCGCCACUAGAGUGACCGUGUACUCGAUGCACGGUGACAGACCAUCCGGUUUGGCACAUCAUCGGCCUCAACCACAUUACUUUUGCUCCGAGUCCCCGGCAGGCCUGAAGAAGGCUUGGUCUAUGAAGGCCAUUUUGGGUGAUGCCAGACUACAGCAUAUUGUCUUCCACAUGUACCGACUGUCGGUUCUGGUCGUUAUCUUUGAGGUCAUCACCCUUUGGCUCCGACCUGUAGACACACCUGCAAGUCUGUCUGGCCAAGAGCACAUCUUCAGCUCGACUUCGGCCGGCCCAUUCGUUACCGUUUGUUAUCGACUAAAG